UAUCAAAGAUAACAGAGCGGGUUGCCAUCGCAGAGCUCUGGCUUGGCUGGCGUGGCGAAUUGUCCCUCUCCCACGUCUCUGCAGCUAUCGCCAUAGCGGUCCUGCCAGGUAUGGACGUUGCACAUUUCUACCUUGACGGAAACACUGAUGCAGUUGAAUUUUGUCCAUACGAUUCUUACAACCAUGUUCUAGCAGCUUCGACUUACACGCUGCAAGAAGGCGAUAAUCCUUCUCGAUCUGGCAGCAUAGUACUCUUCAAUGUCAAUGCUAGUUCAGGCCAACUUGAUUUGUUACAUUGUCUGGAAUCCACUGGUAUUUUUGAUAUCAAAUGGAGCCCUGUUGAAGCUAAUAUAGGACGUCCCUUGUUGGCACAAGCUGACUCGGAUGGUUAUGUCAAAGUUCAUGGCUUGGAGAGUUCUUCGGAUGGACUGGAAGAUAAGGGUCUUGUGUUGAGAGAGGGCACCAGUGAAAAAAUCAGUUCUUCUAUGUGCCUAUGCCUGGAUUGGAAUCCUUCAGCUACAUCGAUAGUAGUGGGGCUUUCUGAUGGCUCUGUCUCACUAUUAUCUCGCUCCGAGACUGAACUUGAAAUCGAGCAAGAAUGGAAAGCACAUGAUUUUGAGUUGUGGGCAGCUUCCUUCGAUACCCACCAACCCCACUUGAUAUACACGGGCUCCGAUGACUGCAAAUUCAGUUGUUGGGAUGUCCGCGACUGUCCCUCAAAAUCAGUGUUCCGAAAUUCCAAGGAACAUAAAAUGGGUGUUUGCUGCAUCACGAAGAGCAUAACCGAUCCUAAUGUCGUCCUUACUGGAAGCUACGAUGAACGCAUUAGAGUUUGGGAUAUAAGAUCAAUCUCAAAACCUGCAGAUCAGAGUUCAAUCUGCUUGGGGGGAGGAGUUUGGAGAAUCAAGCAACAUCCUCAUAUACCCGGUUUAGUCCUGGCAGCUUGUAUGCACAAUGGAUUUGCACUCGUUGAUCUCAGGGGCGAGGAGAUUAAAAUUGUAGAGACAUACAAUAGGCAUGGCUCACUUGCAUAUGGUGCAGAUUGGCAAAAAGGUGGGUCAAAAGAGGGCAAAAGAGAGAACAUGGUGAUUGCUACUUGUUCCUUUUAUGAUAGACUUGUCCGGAUAUGGACACCACAGCGUAACAUAUUCGCAGACCCCAUACAUUCUUGAGAAUUUGUGAUGACCCAGAUACGUAAUUAUAGGGUUUUUUUGCAUCCUAAUCUAUUGUGGGAAUGCUUUGAUAUUAAUUUUGGAAGUCAUUGCUGGACAAACUUAAAAGUUAGCAA